AUGUGGAUCCGAAAUGCCAGCUUACCGGAGCUCCCUGUCGCGAAUGGGCAGGCCCAGGAAGAGAAGCGGACAGGUACCAGCGUUGCAGCCGGCAGCCUGGGCACAACUUGUACCAAGGCUGCAAGACUCCCCACGUCAGCCAAAGCAGGCUUAGCCUUUCUGCAUCGCCCAGGAAGUUGUCCCAAGGUCUUGGCCACCCAGCCUCCCCCCCCUCUGGAACUGGAGGGCUCCUUUCCUUCUCUGAGGACCACUAACAGGAUUGACCCAGAUUGUGCGGAUUACAAGUUUGGUUCCCGGAGUGUUUUCCCAAGAGCGGGCAGCAGCUGGAGCGACACACAGCUUCAGAGCCGUGGAAUGGCUUGUGAGCACUGUUUGGCUGCCUCCGUGAAAUCUACCUUCAGCCUGCUGGCCCCCAUCCGCGUCAGAGACGUGCGAAACAGAAGCUACUUGGAAGGCAGCCUUCUUGCUAGUGGUGCCCUCCUGGGAGCAGAAGAGCUGAACCGGUAUUUUCCUGAUCGCCGCAUUGGCAUCUUCGUAGCCACCUGGAACAUGCAGGGCCAGAAGGAGCUUCCUGAGAUGCUGGAUGACUUCCUGUUGCCGUCUGAGCCUGAUUAUGCCCAGGACGUGUAUGUGAUAGGGAUCCAAGAAGGCUGUCCAGAUAGGUAUGGAAACAGGGAAGCAACUGUGCAGCUGAGAGACCCUCCCUCCCUCCCUCCCUCCCAUCCAUCCAUCCAUCCAUCCAUCCACCAACUUUUAUUAACGCUCUUUGACAGGCCUUCUCACUUCUCCUUUCCCACAGAGGUGGAAUACGCCACAGUGACAACGCGCAUCGUGUCUCAGUUCAAAACCAAGGGUGCGCUAGGAAUUUGCUUCACUUUCUUUGGCACGUCCUUCCUUUUCAUCACUUCCCACUUUACGUCUGGGGAUGGCAAAGUAAAUGAGAGGGUCCUGGAUUACAACAAAACCAUCCAAGCUCUUUCGCUGCCCAAAAAUAUUCCCGAUACCAACCCGUAUCGAUCUAGUUCCUCAGACGUCACUACCCGCUUUGACAACGUCUUCUGGUUCGGAGACUUCAACUUCCGCCUGAAUGAAGACCGGGAGGUGGUAGAGCAGAUCCUCAGUCACGGCCAGGACCUGGACGUGUCAGUGCUGCUACAGCAUGACCAGCUGUUGAAGGAAAUGCACAGUGGUUCUAUUUUUAAGGGGUUCCAAGAAGCCCCCAUCUUUUUCCGUCCUUCCUACAAGUUUGACGUUGGACAGGACACCUACGACACAACCUCCAAGCAGAGGACACCUUCGUAUACGGACCGGGUCAUCUACCGAAGCCGCCACCAGAAUGAGAUCCACACCGUGAAGUACUCUGCCUGCUUUGGGAUCAAAACGUCAGAUCACCGCCCUGUGUAUGGGUUAUUUCGUGUCAAAGUGAGACCUGGAAGAGACAACAUCCCACUGGCUGCAGGCCUGUUCGAUCGAGAACUUUAUUUGAUUGGCAUAAAGAGAUGGAUCACGAGGCAACUUCAGAAAAAACAAGCUCUGAAAACCCAGAAAUCCAGCACGGUCUGUUCCGUUUCCUGACCAAACACACCCAGGGGUUAUGAAGCCAACACGAAGGGCUUGCAGACAAGGCCUCCUCCAGCUCAUUCCCCAGAAUUCUGCCGGAAUGGCUCCAGCACAACCAUGAAAGCAAAGGGCUCCUUCGAGGCUGGACGUGGCUGGAUGCUCAGUGGAUCGGGCUGAGAUUUAUCAAGCGUGUGGCUUCUUCCUAUCAACAAGUGUCUGUCCUGGUGCUUGAGCAGGAGCCUGAAUUAAACCUGCUGGGUGUUGGCUUUUCUGUUAUAGCCACGUACGUUUCUUAGGUUUGGGAAGACACUUCUGAGGACCGUCUUGGGAAUGAAGGAACACAUUCUAAGCCCUGUUCUGUGUUCAUUCUUCAGUUGCAGCUGGGAAGCCAAGUAUAGAGCAGCCAGAGUGUAGUUCAGUCCCCGGAAGCAACUUUUUCCCUAAGAAUUCUAGAAAGAAAAGAUCUCUGAAACGCUGCAGGGGCAAGGGAAGGCUCAGAAGGCAGUAACGAGGAGGAGGUUACAGGGACUUUUUGCCUUCAGUUACAGAUCGGGACAAGCUAGCUUCCAUCAGCUACAUUUGUUAAAACCUAUUAGCUAGAGAGAGAUGACACCUUGAGUGGUUUCAAAAAUCAGUAUUUUCAAUAGCAAGAGCAAAUUUUAGCUGAUGCCAAUGGUUUGGUAAGGGUUAGAAAUGUCUUUCCCUCGUGUGUAGUCA